AUGGCAGCACGAGCCACAACAUUUUAUGGUCUCUUUCUAACAUCCCUCCAACUCCUCCUAACAUGUCACGUAACAUUCGCCGCCGGAGGAAAAUGGGAUCUCCUCCUCUCCAACGUCGGAAUCUCCGCUAUGCACAUGCAGCUCCUCCCCAACGACCGUGUCGUGAUGUUCGACCGAACCAACUUCGGACCAUCGAACAUCUCUCUUCCCAACGGUAACUGCCGUAACAACCCACAAGACGCAGUCUCCAAAAUAGACUGCACAGCUCACUCCAUUGAAUACAAAGUUGAAUCAAACACCAUCCGUCCAUUAACUGUACAAUCCAACACAUGGUGCUCCUCCGGUUCUCUUAGACCGGACGGCUUUCUUGUACAAACCGGUGGAGACCGGGACGGCGAGUUAAAAGCGAGAACAUUCUCUCCUUGUGAUGACAAUGAGUGCGACUGGGUUGAGAUUAACAAUGGCUUAGCAAGGAGGAGAUGGUACUCUUCUAAUCAUAUUCUUCCCGACGGUAAACAAAUCAUUAUCGGAGGUCAAAGACAGUUCAGCUACGAGUUCUUCCCCAAAACGACAUCUCCUAACGUUAUCGACUUGCCGUUUUUGGCCGAGACUAAUGAUAGAGGAGAAGAGAAUAAUCUUUAUCCUUACGUCUUUCUCAACACCGAUGGAAAUCUAUUUAUAUUCGCUAACAACCGAGCGAUACUACUCGACUAUGUUAAUAACAAAGUGGCGAAAACUUAUCCGGCGAUUCCCGGCGGUGAUCCUAGGAUCCUCGCUUUUAGAAAGAGAACGUUCGUGAAAGCGCUUGACACAUGUGCGAGGAUCAAGAUUAACGAUGAGGAUCCUCAAUGGACGGUUGAGAAGAUGCCACGUGCUAGAGUCAUGGGAGACAUGACGCUUUUACCUAACGGAGAUGUGUUGCUUAUCAACGGUGGUUCUGCUGGCUCAGCUGCAUGGGAGCUUGGUCGUGAACCGGUUUUCGUACCGGACUUGUACCAUCCCGAGAAUCCGGUUAACUCGAGGUUUGAGUCGCUUAACCCGAAUACAAUACCGAGAAUGUACCACUCUACAGCGAUUCUUCUACGUGAUGGGAGAGUUCUUGUCGGAGGAAGUAACCCUCACGGGUUUUACAACUUCACCGGAGUGCUUUUCCCGACCGAGCUGAGAUGUGGUGUUUUCCGGGAGGUGGAGGCUUACUCAGAUCCACCAUCGCCGGCUCUAGCUUCCGGGAAGGGAGUCUCCUUCAGAUUCGCCUUCGCCGGCUUUUGGUUACGGAGAGCGGAGGCUAGCAAAGCUCCGCGCUGUCACUUAGGAACCCGGUGUUCGUUUGGGUUAAGGUUACUAGGUUCGAUUUGUGUCAAGUUCGGCGUGGUUGUCGUCAAGGUGGGGUUGGGUCACUGCGGAUGA